AUGGUCACUGGGAGGUGGUCGGCCAAAGGAGGCCAGAUCACCAGUGGUGAUAUGGUUAGACCGGAUAAUUAUAAGAUCACGAUUUCCAGUGUCCUUGCAGCUUGUGCUCAUCUUGGUGCAUUUGAUCCUGGGAUAUGGGAAAUGCCCAACAAGGAUACUUUGGCAUGGACAACUAUGAUUUCAGUGCUGGCUCUCCAUGGGUUUGGCAAUGAGGCUUUUGAUAUUUUUAAACAGGUGGAAACAACUGGGGUGAAGCCGAACCAUGUGACAUUUGUUGGGCUAUUGUCAGCUUGUGCUCAUUCUGGUUUAGUAGAGAAAGGUCGCUGGUGUUUUCGUGUGAUGAAGCGUGUUUACUUAAUUGAACCGCAGCUAUAUCACUAUGCAAGCAUGGUUGAUAUGCUUAGUCGUGCCGGGUUGAUAUGCUUAUAA